AUGGAAAAUUUGCCAUUACUACCAGGAUACCGCUUCUCUGAUGUUUCGCAAACGAAUUUCGUCGUUCCACGUACACUUUCAUUCAAAAAUGGACAUCGAAUUGUUCGUUUGCCGAAAUUUGGUAUCGGUCAGACAUAUAAACAAAAUAUUCAACUGACAGAAGAUGAACAACGAUUGCUGACUGAUUUUCAACCGGAACUGAUCUAUGGUCGAGUACGUGUACAAAAACCAUCGAAAUUCGUACCAGCUAUCGUAUUCUAUGAUAAAAAAAUACUUCGAUUCUAUGGAUAUUUUAAACAGAUAAUCCAUGAAAAUUCAUUGGAACUAUAUCGUAUACGACCAGUGAUUCUCUGUUAUUAUCUCGAAGAUGAUACCAUGUCGAUCUAUGAAACGCCUUACAAAAACAGUGCACUCGAUCAAGGUAUGCGCGUUCGUCGUCAUCGAAUAGUUAAAAAUGAUCAGAAUGAAUUCUACAAUUGGCGUGAUUUGAAUCUUAGAGAGAAUUUGUUUGUCUACGGAACGAUCUAUCGAAUAUGUGAUUGUGAUUCGUUUACAAAAGAGUGGUUGGAAAGUGAAGGUAUUGAAGUGAAAUGUGCAGAGCUCAUACCAGCAGAUCCUUAUAUGAUGCAAUUGAUCGAAAAGCAGAGUAAUACGGAGACUAUAACAAAGAGUGGAAAGUCUGAGAAGAUCAAUGGCAAAGUUUUGAGAUUCUAUGCAGUAUUUGACAAUGAACAACACCAGUGUGAUACUGCAAGGAGAUUCAUCAUUCUCUUCUAUCUGGUUGAUGACACAAUUGAAAUACGGGAGAUUCAUCACACAAAUAAUGGAUACGACCCGUUACCAAUCUAUCUUCAUCGGCAAACAGUUCCUAAAGAUUCAUUCUAUGGCAUCAAAUCAUUUGUGAAUAUCUUCCUCGAUAAACGUCAACAGGAUGAAAUAUGUUAUCUAGAGGCGAAAGAUUUCAUUCUCAAUCAAACAAUUACCAUUUUCAAUCGCUCUUUUUUCCUCUAUGAUUGUGAUGCUUUCACAAGAACAUUCUGCCAAUUUGAUAUCAAUCCAAGAGCAUCCAAAAGAUCGGCAAUUUCCUUCCCUCUACUAACAUCGUCUCACAUGACUUUUGCUGAAGACUUGUUAGCAAGAAGAGUUUCCGGAAACGAUAUUUGUCUUUUACGCUACGAAGCAAUUAUGGAAUCUUCGGAUACGAAUGGUUGCUGUCGACGAUUUGUCAUUACUUACCGACUUGCCGAUGGUCGCAUCUCUGUUUACGAAAGACCACUUGCCGGAUAUUCGCAUUCGACGAAAAAGUUUCUCGAACGGCUUCGUAUACCUAAACCAGAUAAUUGUUCGAUUUACUACGAACCAAAUGACUUUUACAUUGGUGCACAUGUGGAAUUCUUCAAACAUCGUUUCGUUAUUGUAAACGCUGAUCGUUCGUUAAACAUGAAAAAAGCUGUUCUGAGUCUUGUACUCAUAUCGAUUUUCAUAAAUAGCAUUGUCUCCUCACCAACAUCCAAUGCAGAUGCAUCAUGCCCACCUUACACCUGUAUUGUCGACACAUCAUUCUGUUUUUGUGGUGUAACACAAACUCCUGAGGAUCGGUGCUGUAAAGCUACUUGUACGCCGUGUCCGCCUGACUUUAAUGUUAAACCAUGGCUUACUAUCGACUGGAGUUUAUUCACUUUACCUCCAAUUCAAUUUCCUUUACUUCGUCGAGGAUGA